UGGAUUCAGCCGAAUGAGAAGCAAAACCUCACUUCCGAAAAUGUUAGGAGCUGCCCUUCGCUUGCCGUGAGGCCUCCGGAUCCGGAGCUUGUUUUCAAAUGAGAGCCUCUCUACUGAAUGGAAUUUUCAUAUUCCGCUGUCAUUUUGAUGCUCUCUUCUGGGCUUCAUCACUUCUACCAGGCACUUCCUGCGAGAAUGGGGGCAGGCGCUCUCGCCAUCUGUCAAAGUAAAGCAGCGGUUCGGCUGAAAGAAGACAUGAAAAAGAUAGUGGUGGUGCCACUAGAUGACCCGAGGAGCUCGACCUAUAAGAAGUUAUUUGGAGUCAGUCUCCAAGAUCUUCAGCAGCAGGGGCUCACGGAGAACGGCGUUCCAGCUAUAGUGGGGACUAUAGUGGAGUACCUGGUGAAGCAUGGACUCACCCAGGAAGGCCUCUUCAGGGUAAACGGCAACGUGAAAGUGGUGGAACAGCUCCGGUGGAAGUUUGAGAGUGGAGCCCCGGUGGAGCUUGGGAAAGACGGGGACGUCUGCUCAGCGGCCAGUCUGUUGAAGCUCUUCCUGCGGGAGCUGCCGGGGAGCGUGGUCACCGCGGCCCUGCACCCUCGAUUCGUUCAGCUCUUUCAGGAUGACAGAAAUGAUGCUCAGGAGAGUAGCUUAAGAGACUUAAUAAAAGAGCUGCCUGACACCCACUACUGCCUCCUCAAGUACCUAUGCCAGUUCUUGACAAAAGUAGCCAAGCACCAUGUGCAGAACCGCAUGAAUGUUCACAAUCUCGCCACUGUAUUUGGGCCAAAUUGCUUUCAUGUGCCACCUGGGCUUGAAGGCAUGAAAGAACAAGACAUCUGCAACAAGAUAAUGGCUAAAUUACUAGAAAAUUAUAAUACUCUGUUUGAAGUAGAGUAUACAGAAAAUGAUAACCAGAGAUGUGAAAACCUGGCUAGGCUUAUCAUAGUAAAGGAGGCCAGUUGUAAGAACCCCUUACCUAACACCCUUCAAACAAAAGACUUUGAAAGAGAUAUGCAAAAACCAUCUCUAAAAUCCAGGAUCCCCAAAUCCAGGAGUGAGGGAGCUCUUCAGGCUCACAGAGUUCCACAACCAGAGCUCUGUGAUGGCGUCCCUCAGGUCAGCCUGCGGCUAAGUUGUAGAAAACCCUGCUGGGAUGACAUGAAUUCAGCAGAGGAUGCUAAUGUUGCAAAGCUGGUAUCCAGAAGAAAAGUGGAAUGUAUACAAACACAUGGAACACUGGUUAGCCUAUGCCUGCCUUUGAUUAUAAACAUCCUGAAGGCAAGGAGCAGUUCACAGGAAGAUGAAAGACCUAUGUCGCCUUUCUAUUUGAGCACGCAUGUAUCCCAAGUCAGCAAUGUUUCGGCAACUGGAGAACUCUUGGAAAGAACCAUCCGGUCGGCGGUAGAACAGCAUCUUUUUGAUGUUAACGGCUCCGGAGGCCAAAGUUCAGAGGAUUCAGAAUCGGGAACGUCAUCAGCAUCUCCGGCCCUGUCUGCCAGACAGCGCCGCCGCCAGUCCAAAGAGCAGGAUGAAGUCCGACGUGGCAGAGACAUGGGACUUGUCAACAAAGAAAAUAUUCCAUCUGGGCUCAACAGCCUUGAAGAUUGUAUUUUGAAUGCUCAGGAAGUGGAAAAAUUGUAUGAAAAUACUUCUGGUUACAUUGGAGAACGGGGCAAACCUAAACGUCAGAAAUCCAGUUCCAAACUUUCUGAACUCAGUGAAAACCAAGAUGGUCUUGUGAAUAUGGAAAGCCUCAAUUCCACACCUUCUCAUGAGAGGGCUGGACCUGACAAUGUUGAACUGAUGUCUGAUGAAAGUAAAGAAGAUGAAAAAGACGGCAGACAUACCCAGCAUUUUGAGACCGCCGCGAUGAAGAUUCAGGAGCACCCCGGCGUACCUGACUCCAAACUGCCGAGGACUCCAGAUGCCGACGACCAGCGGGAGAGCUUCGUCUCCCAAGUGCCUGAGCUCGACCUGACUGCAUUGUGUGAUGACAAGAGCUGGGAAGAGCCCAUCCCUACCUUCUCAUGGCAGCAGGAGAACGUGGACUCUGAUGAAGCACGCCUCUCCCCGCAGGCCGGACGCCUGAUUCGCCAGCUUCUGGAUGAAGACAGUGACCCCAUGCUCUCUCCUCGGUUCUACGCUUAUGGGCAGAGCAGGCAAUACCUGGAUGACACGGAAGUGCCUCCUUCUCCCCCAAAUUCCCAUUCUUUCAUGAGGCGCCGGAGCUCCUCUCUCGGGUCUUAUGAUGACGAGCGGGAGGACCUGACGCCAGCCCAGCUCACGCGAAGGAUUCAGAGCCUUAAAAAGAAGAUCCGAAAGUUCGAAGAUAGAUUUGAAGAGGAGAGGAAGUACAGACCUUCCCACAGUGACAAAGCAGCCAAUCCAGAGGUUCUAAAAUGGACAAAUGACCUUGCCAAAUUCCGGAAACAGCUUAAAGAGUCCAAACUAAAGAUAUCGGAAGAGGACCUAACCCCCAGGAUGCGGCAGCGAAGCAAUACACUGCCCAAGAGUUUCGGUUCCCAGCUUGAGAAAGAAGACGAGAAGAAGCAAGAGCUCAUCGAUAAAGCCGUAAAGCCCAGUGUCGAGGCCACCCUGGAAUCCAUCCAGAGGAAGCUCCAGGAGAAGCGGGCAGAAAGCAGCCGUCCUGAGGACAUUAAGGAUAUGACCAAAGACCAGAUUGCCAACGAGAAAGUGGCCCUGCAGAAAGCUCUGUUAUAUUACGAAAGCAUUCAUGGACGGCCGGUAAGCAAGAAUGAGCGUCAGGUAAUGAAGCCACUGUAUGACAGAUACCGGCUGGUCAAGCAGAUCCUGUCCCGAGCCAACACCAUCCCCAUCAUUGGAUCCCCCUCCAGCAAGCGGAGAAGCCCUUUGCUGCAGCCAAUUAUCGAGGGCGAAACGGCUUCCUUCUUCAAGGAGAUAAAGGAAGAAGAUGAGGGUUCGGAGGAUGAUAGUAACACGAAGCCAGACUUCACGGUCACUCUGAAGACCGAUUUCAGUGCACGCUGCUUCCUGGACCAAUUUGAAGAUGAUACUGAUGGGUUUAUUUCCCCAAUGGAUGAUAAAAUACCAUCGAAGUGCAGCCAGGACACCGGGCUUUCAAAUCUCCAUGCUGCUUCAAUACCAGAACUCUUGGAACACCUUCAGGAAAUGAGAGAAGAAAAGAAAAGGAUUCGAAAGAAACUCCGUGAUUUUGAAGACACUUUUUUCAGACAAAAUGGAAGAAAUGUCCAGAAGGAAGACCGCAUUCCCAUGGCUGAAGAAUACAGUGAAUAUAAGCACAUAAAGGCGAAACUAAGGCUCUUGGAGGUUCUCAUCAGCAAGAGAGACACUGAUUCCAAGUCCAUGUGAGGGGACAGCCUCAGCCCGCACGGAGGGGCUACAGGAGCAAGCUGAGCUUGGCGCCCGCCUCCCCUCGUCAACAGCACCUCUGCACAAACUGGAAGGCAGCCUUGGAGCUGGACCUGCAAAGCAUGUAGCCCUUUGGCCUCCAGGCCUUUGGGAUUAGUCCGUUUUCGCUGCCAGCCUCAGAAACUGCCUGGAUGGAAGAGGGCUGCCUGCCUGGAUUUAAGAAUUUUGUAAGGAAAAGUCAAGAUCCCCCAGGUGCACAGAGACACGAGGGGAAGCGUUCCUAACACUGGCAGUGACGAAUCACUCCGUGGAGACACACUCGUCUACAGAGAACGUGCACAGUUCUUCCCCGGAUACCCGAGGAACAUGUCUACUGUGAUAACAAGAAACAAAGCCCAGCUCAGGACUCCACUCUGAAGAGCGAACUCGCCGUGCGGGUCCAUGUCCUCUUUGCACCCGGUAAAGUGGGAACGUGCGUCGGAGCCCUGUUUGCUGCCUUGGCCACUCUUGUGAGCUUCCCACAGAGCUGCACCUCUCCCCCUCGCGCGAAUUGUUCCCCUUAGGUUCUCAGGUAGACGGAAGCCGCAUCUACCCGGCAUGGCGGUGCAGUCGCCUGUUGGACGGUGUGUUGCUUCAGGACUUCCUCAGCUGACGAAGAAUUGAGAUCCCUGAGUAGGACUGGAUCAUCUGCAGAGGACAGAGGGAAUAUAGCUAUGUUCAUGCUGAUUUUUUAAAUCAGGCAACAGGGUGAAGAGCCUCGUAAAUUCCUUCCUGGACAUAGAUUACACUUAAUCAGUCUCAGAUUUUCACAUCCAACACUAAGCAAGGCCAGCAUGCUACAGCAUCCUCUUUGGGGCUUGGUUUCAAUUUUGACUCUAGCCAAACCUAAAGGAUCUUGCUUAAUUCUUAGCUUAAGUAUUGAGGAUCAUGAGAAAGAGAGAGAGUAAGAGCCUGUGUUCUAAGCCUUCUGAGUUCUUAUUAGAGUUUAAUGUUUUUUUAAAAAGUAAACCUGCACUAAAAUCCCCUCACCAAGGGGUAAAUGUAGCCCUCAGAACUCAGCCCAAGGCAGAAUCUAAAUCACACCAUUUUCACGAUCAUGUGUAAAGAGAAAAAGAAUGGUGUGUGGUCACUUAGGAUUAUAAUUUUUUCAGAGACUGUGUCACAAAGCUGUCUAUAUUAGACAUUUGGGGAAGACCAGGGAAUUUAAAACACCAAAUCCUUCAUCUCUUCACUGUGCUGAUGUCACCUUGUGAUUUGCUGUUACUUUUUCACCUUCCGUGUCUGCACCGAGGAAAGUGAAUUCUGUCUCUGCCUGUCGGUCCGAGGCCUCCGUUUGCGCUCUGUGGGCUGGAGCACAGGUGUCCGCACACCAGCCGCCGGCUGCCGAGAGAAGGCACUUCGGCAGGAUCGCCUGUUGAAGAUAAUGUCAGGAGGAGCAGGAGAGCGAGGCCGCUGCCCUCCUGUUGGCUUUGAGAGAUGCCUUCCUCAAGGGUACCAUUUUGUUCAGUGUGGUAAGAAGAAAAUAAAAAUGUAAAACUCUACUGACCCGUCAUCAGUUUCGAAAUGGGUUCUUGAGAAACUGGUCAGAUUGUAGUGAUAGCACUGUUUUCCAUUGCUGAAGUGAGGUAGAACCUGCAGUUGGCAAUUGUUCUAAGUCGGGAGUAGGGGGAAAGAAUACCUUUAAGUUUGCUCUUAAAAAUAAUCAUAUAGAAGCAUGAGCUGUGUGUUGGAAGUGCCCUGUGUUAAUCCACACAUUUAAAGACGGUACAUAAUCUACAGAUUUAAAUGUACGUGAAUCUAUAGUUUGGUAUUCUUUGCUCUACUGUUUACAUUGCAGAUCACUAUAAUUUCAAGGAGUUAUAUUAUAAAUAAAAUUAAGCACUUUAGGACGUUUUCUAUUUUUGAAAUCUGAACAUGAAUCAUUCACAUGACCAAAAAUUGUAUUUUUUAAAAGAAAUCCAUGUCUAGUCUGUCCUUUUUGAGUAAUUAUUCUCUUAAAUAAGCUAUAAUAUAAAUCAAAUCAUUACCAGUUAAACUUUAAAGCACAUCUGUUUAAUAAGAAUAUUGUUUUGAAAAUACUAAUAUGCUACAGAAUUUUAAAACAUGCUAUAUAAAUGAGGAGCUACUAAAUGUUUGAAAUCUAUUGUUUCUGCCAAAGGUAAAUUAAAUGAAAGAUUUAUCCAGGACACCCAUUCAAAUUUGUAUGAUUAAAUAAAAGAAAACACCAAGUUACAGUCAAAUAAAUUGUGUAUGGAAUGUCAUGUUCUCCUUUGUAAUUUCUCCUCUAUAUUAAUUUCAUAGAAGGGCACCCAGAUUAAGGGCGAUCCUUAAUCGCCGUUUACACUCGAUCCUAUUUGAAGGCAUGGCGGUAGGUGCCGGCUCUGCCAGAAAUGCUGAGGCAAAUUUGUUUCCACAGCAACCAUUUCUGUAACCCAGGGUCUCAAGGCUCUAGAGGCGUCAUCUUAAUUGGCUUCAUACAGAAGGCUCUGGACGGGGGUUUUUCCUUUGCUCUCUUGGGAAUGUGUGUGUGUUUAUUAGCACACGCCAACAAAAGAAAUGUCAGGUGUUUUUUAAUAACAAUGAUAAGUAAAGGUGAAGCAUGAAUAAACUUGAUUGUAUGAUUGUAAGAAUUAGAAAUAGCAGAGGCUUGUCAUUUUCACAAGCAUUUGCUUUUUGUGUGUUCAGGAGUAAACAUUGAAAUGGAUGUUUAUGUUCAGUCAGUAUGGUAUCAUUACUGCAUUUCAUCUCUGAAUCAUUCGGUUUGAAUUUGCUUUUCAGACAUGUAUGUGCAAGGUUUAGGAGAAGGGCCUGCUUAGAAGUUUUUCAGACGGCUGCUUUGUCUUGUGCUAAUAAAAGCAAGCUCACACAACCUCAGUCAUCUCCCUGAAUUCAGGGAAAAUUUCCACAGAAGACCAAACCAAAUUUCAUACUGGAGAACUGAUUUGUUUUUCUUUUAAUUCCUAGCCAUAAUGCAUGGAGAGCUAAAAAUUAGAUUUCUUCCUUCUAGUUGCCAAUUUAAAGUCAAAUCUUACCACUCAUCGUAUAGAUGGGGAUCCGCCACGUCUUUAUUUGUAACAUUAGUGUAAUUCUUGCUUCUUCUCAUUCUGAUGCAAUGCUUGCAUGGUAGCCGAAGAGGCCGUCCCAGGUGUGGCACUUCUAGCCCAGGACAAGUGUCGCAAGGCUGUGGUAGACUCAUAAAUACUGCACUGAGCUGUCCUGAGGCGAGCAGUCUUAUAGCCCCCUGAGGGCUGAGCAUUUGUGAAUGUGGUUAAGCUUGGAAUUCCUAAUAAGGUGACCACUUAGGUUUAUCAAAGGGGCCGCCAUGGUAUCGAUUACAUUGGUUCUUUCUAGAACUUCCUAUUUCUCAGCAGACAGAACUGGGCCCAGUAUACAGAACUGGUCUAAUUUACAAGGAAAAUCAGAUUUUAGUUUGUUGAUUCACAUUUUCAAAGAGAUUCUUAAUCUGAUCAUGAAGAUGCCACUUUUCUUAACCUUACUACUUUUGAUGCCAUAAACUAUCAACUGCUUUAUGAAAUGUUGGCUGUAGUCUAAAUUCUAUCUUGCAUUCAAGAAGGAUCUUCCCAACGCACUGCUUCCUGGAGGGUCUUUUUCACCCCUCGGUGGGGAGAGAUGGUUUCUGCACUAAAACCAACACCUCCUUUACAUUCUUUUUCAGUAUCCACUUGGGUACAUCCAAAGGGAGAGACGACACCAUACUAAAGUGUGAAGCCUUUAGGUGCAGCAGAACUCACAAUGUACUUUCUUUCCGUUUAUUCCCUGCUUUUAUUUUUCCUCUCCUUGACCCCCAAAAUGACCUGAAGAGUACAUUUUGCCGUAAGAGUAGCUAAACGUAUUUUCAAACGUUUAUUUGGAUUGUGCAUCCUAACACUUCACAUGGUCAACGGGGCAAGCUGACAAUGAGAGCGUGUGUGUGGCAGGUGCAGCCUCGUGGCGUUGGCCCUUGGCGGAGUAGGACCGUGCCCCUGGGCAUCUGCAUUCCUCUGCUAUAUGAUCCUUCAUAAUAGAAGUGUGGACAUCGGCAGAGAUCAGUACAGAUCUACACAAACAUGUGUGUAAAAUGAAAUAUGUCCAGCUCCAAGUCACUAUGGCUGAGACAUCACAAUUCCAUCUCUGGAGAUUCUCCUCUGCCCGGAAUCCGCCCGGUCGGGCUCCUGCACGUGGCUGGAGAAAUUGGUGAGGCAGAUCUGAUUCUCAAUCUGAAAGCACCUAUACGUGCUGUCACAAAAAUCUCCAAGAGUAGAUAACAAUCUUCAUUAAUAAUAUGGGCCCAGAACAAUGUUUACACAACAUGUGAGCAGAACGUGUUUGAAAUUAGUUGUCCUUUUUUAAAAUGUAAACCGAAUGAAAAAGUUGUGCACACUUUUGUACAUGACUGUAUUUUGUAUAAACUUAAAUAAAAUAUUUUUAACUGUGACUCUUCCGGAAUUUUUGACAGAGUCGGGAACGUUUGAGCUGCCUGUGGGGUCUGACGUCUCCUUUGGGUAAGGAAUCAUGGCUGUGCCGUGAGCCCCCCAGGAGCCUCAUGAGGGUUAAGUUUUAUUCUGUCUCCAGAGAGGUCACUGGAAGGUGAAGAAAACUCAUUACAAAUUAAGCAUGGUUGUGGUUCUAGGUAGAAAAACGGGUUUGUGCUCUAGGCUCAGCUACCUUAAAAGUAUUAAAAGUAAUCCAUAGUGACAGAGAGUAGAUGGUUGGCUUCAGGAUGGAAGGAUUAGAAAAAGGCACAAGGGAAGUGGAUGCAUACAUUCACUGUUUAAAUAGGCUGAUGGGUUCACAGAUGUAUACAUGUGUGAAAACUAAUUUAAUGCUUAAAAAAAUAAAAUGAAAGGAUUCUCAGAAAGGGCUAAGGGGUCCAGAGACAAAGGCAUUAAGCCAAAACCAAAACAAAAAACAAAA